CUUGGCGACCACACAAGUGUUUCCGGGAAAGGUCCCCGAGGCCGAGGGGCCUGCGGUCCCGGGCGGAGCGAGGCGGAGGGAGCGGUUCCGGGCGGGGGUCGCGGCGGGGCCUGAGCUCGCGGUCCCCUCCUGCCCUCGGGGACCAUGGAGAACGGCGGGGGGCCCUCGCUGGGCCAGUUCCUGCUCCUGGGCACCAGCUCCGUCGUCACCGCCUGCCUGUACUCCGUGUACCGGCACAAGGCCCAGGUCGCCCAGGAUCUCAAGGGAGCGAAAAGAAUCAACUUGGGGAAAGACUUAAAGAGUGUCCUUUGUGAAGCUCCGGGAAAAUGUGUGCCUUAUGCUGUCAUUGAAGGAGCUGUGCGGUCUGUUAAGGAAACGCUCAACAGUCAGUUUGUGGAAAAUUGCAAGGGGGUGAUUCAGCGGCUGACAGUUCAGGAGCACAAGAUGGUGUGGAAUCGAACCACUCACCUCUGGAAUGACUAUUCAAAGAUCAUUCACCAGAGGACCAACACGGUGCCCUUUGACCUGGUCCCCCACCAGGGGGCCCGGGGCGUGGCCGUGCGAGUGCUGAAGCCUCUGGACUCCGUGGAUCUGGGCCUGGAGACAGUGUAUGAGAAGUUCCACCCCUCCAUCCAGUCCUUAGCUGACACCAUCGGCCACUACAUCAGCGGGGAGCGGCCCAAGGGCGUCCAGGAGACCGAGGAGAUGCUGAGGGUUGGGGCCACGCUCACAGGGGUGGGCGAACUGGUCCUGGACAACAACUCCAUCCGCCUGCAGCCCCCCAAGCAGGGCAUGCAGUACUAUCUGAGCAGCCAGGACUUUGACAGCCUGCUGCAGAAGCAGGAGUGGAGCGCUAGGCUCUGGAAGGUCCUGACGCUGGCGUUUGGCUUUGCCACGUGCGUGGCCCUCUUCUUCAUCCUCCGAAAGCAGUAUCUGCAGUGGCAGGAGCGCCUGCGCCUCAAGCAGAUGGAGAAGGAGUUCCGGGAGCACGAGGCCCAGCUGCUGAGCCAGGCCAGGCCCGAGGACCGGGAGAGUCUGAAGAGCACCUGUGUCGUGUGUCUGAGCAACUUCAAGUCGUGCGUGUUCCUGGAGUGUGGGCACGUGUGUGCCUGCACCAGCUGCUACCAGGCGUUGCCAGAGCCCAAGAAGUGCCCCAUCUGCAGGCAGGCGAUCUCCCGGGUGAUUCCCUUGUACAACAGCUGACCGUCUGAAGCCCACAGUUACACAUGAAAGGAAGCUCUCCCUUUUCAGGGUUUUUAUCUUAAGGCCUUAGAAGAGUAGGGGUGCAAGGGGUAGCUGUUAUCUCCAGGUAUGACUGAGGGAGAGAGGGGGGUGCUGUCCAGACCUCACACCUCCAACCUGAGAGGGAAGCCUUCCCAGCACACGAGAAUCAAAGCCCAGCCUGGGUGUGUGUCCUGGCACAGCCUCCUUCCCCGAGCCCGCUGUGUGACUGAGCACCUCUUCGCUCAAGCUCCGAAGCCAGUGAUCUCAGCUCGUGCUCCUGUGUCUUCGGGUCCUUCCUGGUGACUUGCUGAUUCUUGUGGACUUGAGCCCUAAAUGACUCGGGGGGCAGUGUGACGCACGCCUCAUGGAGCUGCCUCUGGGGAGACUGAGUCUCUCUUCCUUUUUUUUUUUUUCUUUUCAAAAAAUCUAAUAAAUCU